GACAUUAACUUUUUAAUUCAAAUGAUAAAUAGAUAGAUAAAUAAAUUGACUUUGUCUACGCUUAUUACAGGUUAAAAUGUAAAGCAAAAUAUCGUUCACAAACGCCUCCUCUCCAUUUUCAAUUGAUAAUUAAUCGUUAAACGAAAAAAAAUGUCCGCCGCGAUGCUUACAGCGGAGUGGUUCCUGCUGGGUCUGGACUCCUACUACAGAAAAUUCGAAAUCUACUCGAUGGCCUGGCAGAACGAGAUCAACAUCGAAAACUACGCGCUGUCCUGCGCCUCCUUCGGCGGCCCCAUAGCGAUUCGAAGGGACGAUCAGAAGAUAAUCAAAGUACAGGGAUCCGGACAGCCGAUCAUCAUGAUUUACUCGGGAUCGGGCAAACUGAUAGCCUCCUUCAAAUGGAGCAGACGCCCCAUCGUCCACAUGGGUUGGACCAAUGACGAGGAACUGUUGUGCGUACAAGAGGACGGGAUGGUGGUGAAACACGAUAUGUUCGGGAAGUACCUGCAUACGUUUAGUAUCGGCCAGAAGGUGCAGGAUUCUAAAGUAAUCGACGCCAAAAUAUUCACCAGUCCUCGUAAUUUCACCGGCAUCGCAGUCAUGACGUCUAAUUUCAAAAUUUUCAUCGUUAAUAACAUCAACGAUCCCAAAACUAGACAGUUAUCGGAGUUACCAAGAUCAGGAAUACAACCGACCAGUUGGGCAGUGGUUUCCGAUGAUGAUAAAACGGAAGUUUUGAUAGCGAGGAGUAUAGAAUUGUAUCGAUUGAAACAGGAUGAGCAUCAUACUAGUUCGAUGUUGGAGCCUGAUAUUACUAACAAGUACACCUCGAUAAUAAAGAUGUCUGUAUCUCUAAAUGCUAGACAUUUAGCUUUGUACACGGAUUCCGGUUUUCUGUGGCUCGGUUCGACCGAUUUACGAACCAAAUAUUGCGAAAUAGACUGUGAUUUCGUGUUUAGACCAAAACAACUACUCUGGUGCGGAAACGAAGCAGUAGUUCUGUAUUGGGAGAAAGACAAUACAUUUCUAAUAGCCGGCAAGCACGGCCAGAAACUGACUCAUUUCUACGACAGUUCCGUUCAUCUCAUUCCAGAAGUAGAUGGUAUUCGAAUAGUAUCGAAUACGCAACACGAGAUGCUGCAAAAGGUACCGGAAGUCGUUCAGAAGAUAUUCAGAAUCAACAGCACCGAUCCGGGCAGCUUUCUGCUGGAAGCCUCGAAACAAUUCCAGAAAGGCAGCCACAAAGCCAACGAGUACAUUUGCUUGGUGAAAAACGAUCUAGAAACGGCCGUUAAUCAAUGCAUUGAAGCGGUCAGUUACGAAUUUGAUGUGGACGUGCAAAAGCUUCUACUAAGGGCAGCGCAGUUCGGUAAAUGCUUCAUACCCGACAUGAGAUCGGACAAUUACGUGAACAUGUGCAGGAUUUUGAGAGUACUGAACAACGUGAGAGAUCCCAAAGUCGGCAUACCCAUUACCAUUACACAAUUGAACUGCAUGAAGAGAAGAAAACAGGACAUCCUCAAGCGAUUGAUAACGAGGAAUUACUACUAUUUGGCGUUGCAAAUCGCCAAGUAUCUGAAACUUCCCGAGCAAGAAGGCGCCAGUUACAUACUUGUGCAUUGGGCCAAAUACAAAGUGAGCCAAUCGCAUUUAGAUGAAGAAACCGUAGCCAGAGAUAUAGCCGAUAAAUUGGGCUAUUCGUCCGGGAUAUCCUACAGCGAAAUAGCCAGUACUGCCUCGGAAUUCGGAAGGAAGAAACUGGCAAUAAAACUUUUAGAUUAUGAAUCUAAAGCGAGCGAUCAAGUGAAAUUGUUAUUGGAAUUGGGCGAAAACGUGCCGGCUCUAAUCAAAGCCAUCGAAAGCGGCGAUACCGAUUUGGUCUACAUGGUGAUACUGAAAUUGAGAGAAAACAUGCCUUUAGGGGACUUCAAAAUGACAAUUAGGAACUUCCCCGUAGCUCAAUCGUUGUUUAUUAAAUACUGCAAGGAGCACAACACUCAAGCCCUCAGCGAAAUCUACAUACAGGAGGACGAUUUUAGCGCGCAGGCCGAAAUGUUCAUACUCGACAGUUUAGAUGUUAAAAAGAACCACAUGAAAGACGCGCUCCUGACGUCCGCCCUGGAGGCCUACAAAAAAGGAAGAAAGGAUCUUUACGUGUCGAUUUGCGAGGAAUCGAUUAAAUUGAUGCGAUUCCAACGAGACGUCGAAGACAAACUGGCCGAAGCCAAGAAUAAAUUGAUCGGGAAAUCGGUGCACGAUACCUGCAAGAUCCUGCUGGACAUGAAGGAGACCAAACUGGCCGAGAAGUUCAAGAACGAUUUCAAAAUUCCCGAUAAAAGGUAUUGGUGGUUGAAAAUCAACAGCAUGGCCGAUCAGAACGAUUGGAUCGAGCUGGAGAAGUUUUCCAAAGCGAAAAAAUCCCCGAUCGGGUACGCGCCCUUCGUGGACGUUUGCCUGCGGCAGGACAAGCGGCAGGAGGCCCUCAAAUACCUGCCCAAAGUCGGCGACGACAUCAAAGUCAAAUAUUGCAUCAAAGCCGGGUGCUUGGAAGAGGCCGCCGACAUUGCUUAUCAUCAAAGGGACGUGCAAAGUUUGCUGUACGUUCAAGGGAAAUGCGGUAAUCAAUUUUCCAACGUGCAAUUGACCGAGAAAAUUAGCGCGAUGAUCAUGCAACUCGAAUCCAAAAAGUAAAGACUGCGAACUUGUACAUAACGAUAUUUAUCUUUUAAAUAGUGGCAUUAUUUAAGCAUAAUAUAAUUUUUUACUGUGAAAUGUUAUCCAAAUCCGAAGUUAGUAGAAUCAGAAAAAACAGAAAUUAAGGGAACUUGCUAUCUGCAAAUUCAAUCUGUACAUGUUUGUUAAAUAGUAAAAUAGGAAUUGUGAACGUACUUUAUUUUACAGUUAUAAAAUUAGAAAGAACGAUUUUAUAUACAUAAUAAAUACUACACCUAGGCGAUAAAAUAUAAGAAAAAUUACCCCUUUACGUUACACAAAAAGGCUCUCAUUGUGCCUCGCUUCAUACAAAAUAAAUGCUUCUGUUUACUAAUGAAUGAAAUUAAUUUAAAACAUUUUUGAAUCGAUGCAAAAUAAUUAUUAGUUGCAGGAAGAGGUACAGACUUUCUCAUCACAAUAUACCAUUUAUACUAACCCAAUUAAAUAAAAAAACUUGCGUACACAAUGCACAAUGUGCCUCGGAAAUAAUAUAAAGCUUCCACAGUACGAAUUGUCGAGAGACUGAAUCAAAUUGGAUUUCUAAAUGCAGUAGAAAUCUAGAAUUCUUUGAAAUACUAUUACAUAAAUUACUAGGACUCCUGACGCAUUAUAAUCAUUAAUAUCUUAAUAUCACGUUUUCCUCUAAAAUUGCGGACUAGAAUGGCUCUAAAAGAAUUAAUAAAAUUGUUAAUGGUACGCACGCACUUCGAUCGUUCCAAAUCGCGAAAUUGAUAUUAAACAUACAACACAACCCGUUACAAAACGCUCGCUCAUUCGGCCUUGAUUAAUCUCUUGGAAAACUCCUCUUGCUGCCUCUCCUUCCACUCUUUCUUCGCUUUUACCCUCU